AUGAAUUCAUUUUUAGCUCGUGUUGGUUCAUUAGGAAAUAUAUUUAAAUCUAAAUCAUUUUCACAACAAUUUAGGAAAAAUUUAAAGAAUGAAAGUUAUUAUAAAAAAGUUAAAAGUAGUUGGAUGAAUGCAACUCAAAAACUCUUUAAAUUAGAUGAACCAACAAAAGGAAACAAUGUUACAAUCUUUUUUACAGGUGAUGAAAUGUUUAGACAUAUGUGGGGUUGUAUUAAAAGUGCAAAAGAAUCAAUUUAUUUAGAAACAUAUACAAUUGAACCAGAUUUAAUUGGUAAUAAAACCAUUGAAUUAUUGACAGAAGCACAAAGAAGAGGUGUUCAAGUUAAAUUUGCAUAUGAUUCAAUUGGUAGUUCAGGAUUAUCAGAUUUUGAUAUUUAUGAAAUGAGAGUUUCCGGUGUUGAUAUCUAUCAAUUCAAUCCGGUUGAAAUUAGUUCAAUAUUACCAUACACAUUAAGAAAUCAUAGAAAGAUUAUAGUUGUUGAUGAAAAGUAUGGUUUUUGUGGUGGUAUGAAUAUAUCUGGUAAAUAUGCUUCAUCAAAUAUGGAUGGUGGUAAAGAUUAUUUCCGUGAUACUCAUUGUAUGAUUGAAGGACCUGCCGUUAAAAAUCUUUUAAAUAUUUUUCAUGAUUCUGUUAAAGAUAAAAGAAUCAUUGAAAAACCAGUAAAUAAAAUUGGUUCACCUGCUUUACUAGCUCUACAUUUUCCAUAUGCAUCUGAAAUGGAUUCCAAAAUAUAUAAAAAACCAAUUUAUGAAUUAAAUGAAGAAUUUAAAGAAUCAAUUGAAAAUAAUAAUCAAUAUAUAAAUAAUAAUGAUAAUAAUAAUUAUAAAGAUAAAGAACUUGAUGAUGAAUAUGAAGAUGAAGAUGAUACAUUUAAUGAUAUAACUCAAUCAACAUAUUAUCAUUAUCAACCACCAAUAAAUAGUACAAAUUAUACAAAUAAUAAUAAAAUAAGGCAAAAUGAAAAGAAUUUAAUAAAAUUAGAAACACAACAACAAUUUUUAAAAGAUGAAGAUUUAACUGAAUUUACAAUUGAAGAUGAUGAUGAUGAUGAAGAAGGAGAGGAUGAUGAUGAAAAUGAAGAUGAAUUUAAAGAAUUUGUAUCAUUAACAAGUGAAUAUAAAAAUUUAGAGAAUUUAAAUAAAUUAAAUGAUUAUUUGAAUGAUGAAUCAAAUAUAAAUCUAAAUAAUGGUAAUGGUAGUGGUAGUAAAAAGAUUGAAAUAGUUCAAUCAAAGACUAUUUCAAAUGCAGUUGUUCAAGUUCAACAAUCAAAUCAGUUUAGAAAUAAAAGGGAGAUUCAAAAAGCAUUAUUAAUUGCAUUGAAUAAGUCGUAUGAUCAUUGUUAUUUCACUACACCUUAUUUUUUACCACCAAGAAAAUUAAGAAAGGCAAUUGUUAAUGCCGCAAAACGUGGUGUUGAUGUAAAGAUUAUUACGGCUGGAAAAAGUGAUGUCCCUUGGUUCCGUAAUGCUUCGAGAUAUAUUUAUCCACUUUUUUUAAAACAUGAAAAAAUUAAAAUUUAUGAAUUGGAAUCAAUCACUUUACAUGCGAAAACUUUAUCAAUUGAUGGUAUGUAUUCAACAAUUGGAAGUUACAAUUUGGAUACCUGGUCUCAAAGAAAUCUCGAAGCGAAUCUCGCCUUCUUUAGUCCAAAUGUCGUAAAAGUUUUAGAAGAUCAAUUUAAAAAUGAUCUCAAAUCCUGUAGCGAAGUAACCUUAAAAGAUAUUGGUAACCGUCCAUUUUUAGAUCGUUUAAUUUGUUUUUUCGCUUUCCAAAUGAGUAAAAUUUUAAAACCAACGUAA